CCAAUUUCCACAUAGCCAAGAGUCUUCUUAUAUAUGCUUAAUUUUCCUUUGUUCUCUCUAUAUUAAUAUUGCAUUGUGUUUGAGUUUUAUCUAUUUGAAGCCAGCUAGCGAGCAUGGACGUGAUCACAAGCAUGGUAGCUGAAAAGCCGGUGGUGAUAUUCAGCAAGAGCACAUGUUGCUUGAGCCACUCCAUGACAUCACUGAUACGUAGCUUUGGCGCAAACCCCACCGUUCAUGAGCUCGAUGAAAUGGCGAAUGGCCAGCAGAUUGAGAGUGCAUUGCUUCACAUGGGGUGCCAGCCAAGUGUUCCUGCUGUGUUCAUAGGACAACGAUUCAUAGGUGGUUCUAAGAAAAUCAUGAGCCUACAUGUCAGGAAUGAAUUAGUUCCAUUGCUCAAAAACGCAGGGGCUAUAUGGAUUUAACUCAUUUAAGACCAAAGUGAUGAUUUCUAUAACCAAGAUUAUAGUAGUUGCGUACGUUUUAGAACAGAAUAAGAUGGUUUUGUAGUCCUGGUAUACGUGGUUACGCUGGUGUUUUAAAGUAUAUACUAUAUACUAUGCGGCCUAAACUUUUACUUUGUACUUCUCCCUUUCUUUUCUUUUCUCUUCUCUUCAAGUGAAUGCAUAGUAUGAAAUAUGAAUGAUGCAGAUUGCAGAAUGAGUAACAUGCAUGAAUACUUAUUUUUUGGUAGGGUAUACCUCCUGA